AUGGAGAACAAUACCUCUUGGAUUAUGGGUUGCGGUACUAGCAUUAGUUUGUGGUAUGAUGCUUGGUGUGGCAGCCCGUUGCAUACUGAGUUGGCGUAUGCGGCUGCUAUCAUCGAUCAAAAAGUCAGCAGUAUUAUAACAGAUGGCAGAUGGGAUUUUUCUAAAUUUGUUUCUUGUAUUCCAAUUGCGCUGAAGGAGAGAAUUUUAAGCUGCCACAUACCUUUCGACCUUCGGCCCGAUUCGAAAGUUUGGAUGCAUUCUGUUACUGGAGAAUUCUUUGCUAAAAUCGCUUAUGACUUUAAGAGACCGAAAGGGCUGCAUAAGGCUUGGUGGCAGUGGCUUUGGUCCAAAUCAAUUCCACCCUUGAAGUCGUGUUUUGUUUGGAAGCUCUUACACAACAAAGUCCCUACAGACGAACAAUGGCGCUGGAAUGAUGUUUGGAGUCUUUGCAAUAAAUAUGGGGCUGGUCAAUGCAAAUCGGUUGUUGGGGCUGCCGUCAUUUAUGUCUUAAAUGUUAUUUGGCUGACCAGAAAUAAGUUUAGAUUCCAUAAUGCUGGGAUGAAUUUUUCUGCUGCCACUUCUUACAUUAUGGAUGCGGUUUCGUUGGCUGGUAGUGCUUCUUCGACGGCGAAGCACUUGAAUGUGCAUGAUUUCAUCAUUCUCAAAAGCUUCAAAGUCUCUAUCCGUCCUCCUAAAGCUCCUGUUAUUAUGGAGGUUAUUUGGAAGCCGCCUCCAAGAAAUUGGAUAAAAAUUAACUGUGACGGUGUUUCGUCUUCUUCUCCGGGUUUGUCAGCUUGCGGUGGUAUUGUGAGAAAUAGUGAUGGAAUGUUUUUGGGAGCCUUUGCUUCUUCUGUGGGAAUUUCCAAUUCGCUCAUGGCCGAACUCUCGGGUGCAAUGAUUGCUAUUGAGUUCGCUUAUGAGAAUAAUUGGAAUUUUGUUUGGUUAGAGACGGAUUCAACGAUGGUGGUUAAAGCGUUCAAGUCCCCUUUUGUUGUGCCGUGGACUAUUAGAAAUAGAUGGGUGAAUUGUAUAAAUAUAGUUGCUAAUUGA